AUGGUCUACAAGCGUUGCUCUUAUCUCAACAGGAAUGCACAUGUGUCCUCUUCCUCUUCUGCCUUGCCUCCCAACUCCUUCCCCACGCACCCUCAAUUCUCUUCCUCUUCUCUCUGCAGAGUUCCAAGGAUGAGAAACUUGAAAGUCCGAACGUACUUGCUGCUUGUCGGGCUGAGCGUCUUGAUGUUCCAUCUCCUGAUCGUCUUUAAUGACAAAAACAUUUGCCUCCAACCAAGUACGGAGGAGGAGCACAAUGGCAUUAUGGAGCCCGCCAACGAGAACAAAACUUUCGUCAGGCCAAUGCAAGUUUGCGAACAAAAUGUGACUGUAGCCAAUACCUCUGGCUUUGCGGCUCUUCCUGGUAGCAUUAAAGACUUCCUGUACUACCGCCACUGUCGCGAUUUCCCCAUGCUACUGGAUGUCCCUCAUAAAUGCGGUGGAGUUGAUGUUUUCCUACUAUUGGUCAUUAAAAGCUCUCCUAGGAACUAUGAGCGCAGAGAAGUGCUUCGCAAAACCUGGGCCAAGGAGAGAAUGCACAGUGGGGUUUGGAUCAGAAGGGUCUUCCUCUCAGGUACGACCAGUCAUGGCUUUGAAAAGAUAAGGCUGAAUAAACUCCUCCAAGCAGAGCAGCGUGAGUACAAAGACAUCCUCCAGUGGGAUUUUGCCGACACCUUCUACAACCUCACUUUGAAGCAAGUGCUUUUCCUGGAAUGGAUGGAAACAAACUGUCCAAACGCUCGCUUCUUGUUAAAUGGUGAUGAUGAUGUUUUUGCCAAUACAGACAAUAUGAUGGAAUUCCUUCGGAGUCUCAAUGACAAUGACGGACGCAAACACCUUUUUACGGGUCAUCUGAUCCAGUACGUAGGGCCCAUUAGGUCACCUGAAAGCAAGUAUUACAUACCCGUUCAGGUGCAGGAGUCAAACUCGUAUCCACCCUACUGUGGGGGCGGGGGCAUUCUCCUGUCAGGCUACACAGCUUUAGUCAUGAAAAAUAUGUCCAGUUCCAUUACCAUCCUUCCCAUUGAUGAUGUUUACAUGGGAAUGUGUCUGGCUAAAGCAGGGCUUGCACCUAGCUCCCACAUGGGAGUGAAGACAGCAGGACUUUACAUCCCGCUCAGCAAUAUAGAUGUAUUCGACCCCUGCUUCUAUAAAGAUAUGCUACUGGUCCACAGAUUCCUACCGGCUGAGAUGUACAUAUUGUGGCAUAGAAUACAAGACCGAGCCCCACAAUGUUGA